UCCCAGCCCGCGGGGCUCUUGCGCCUUCUAGCUUCGGAGAACCCACUUUGAUCGAGGCCACCAUUUCUAUUGAGCACCCCUCUUCUGUCUCGUAGCCUCCCCACUGGAAUCGGAUUUGAAGAGGGGGUCCGUGGAAUCGGAUCACUCCCUUUUGCGCGCAACCGGCCCCUGCAUCUUUACGGCCUUUAGAAUCCCCAGCUCUUUUACCGCCAAGUUGAUCUUUGCUAGACAGAGGACGCCUGAUCUCCUUCACGCAGCUUUUGGGUCUCCUUUUAGCCUUGGCCUGGCCGAUUGAUCUUCAGGACCUAAAGUUGCGCCUUCAGGACCCGAGGAGCGCCUGCCCUGCUGGAGGAGGGUGGAGGGGAAGUGGGAGGCGCGUACCUGUGUCAUCUCUACUGUCCUGAAUAUUAUUACUGUUACUUCCAAAUUAUCGUCUGUGCAUUCACCCGGACCCUCUGGUCCUAGGCACCAGAGACUGGGCCUCAGACACAAAGCGAUUCGCGCGGAACAACGAGCUAAGGAGGAACCCCCGGCGCCGGCGAGCGAGGAGGCGGCGGGGGAAGAUGCGCGGUGUCGGCUGGCAGACGCUACCCCUGUCGCUGGGGUUAGUGCUGGCGAUCCUGAACGAGGUGGCGCCGCAGGCGUGCCCGGCGCAGUGCUCCUGCUCGGGCAGCACAGUGGACUGUCACGGGCUUGCGCUGCGUAGUGUGCCCAGGAAUAUCCCCCGCAACACUGAGAGACUGGAUCUGAAUGGAAAUAACAUCACACGGAUUACCAAGACAGAUUUUGCUGGUCUUAGACACUUAAGAGUUCUUCAGCUUAUGGAGAAUAAGAUUAGCACCAUUGAACGAGGAGCAUUCCAGGAUCUUAAAGAACUGGAGAGACUGCGUUUGAACAGAAAUCACCUUCAGCUGUUUCCUGAGUUGCUGUUUCUUGGGACUUCGAAGCUCUACAGGCUUGAUCUCAGUGAAAACCAAAUUCAGGCAAUUCCAAGGAAGGCUUUCCGUGGGGCUGUUGACAUUAAAAAUCUGCAACUGGAUUACAACCAGAUCAGCUGUAUUGAAGAUGGAGCGUUUAGGGCUCUCCGGGACCUGGAAGUGCUCACUCUCAACAAUAACAACAUUACUAGACUUUCUGUGGCAAGUUUCAACCAUAUGCCUAAACUUAGGACUUUUCGCCUCCAUUCAAACAACCUAUAUUGCGACUGUCACCUGGCCUGGCUCUCGGACUGGCUGCGUCAAAGGCCCCGGGUUGGUCUCUACACUCAGUGUAUGGGUCCAUCCCACUUGAGGGGCCAUAAUGUAGCUGAGGUUCAAAAACGAGAAUUUGUCUGCAGUGAUGAGGAAGAAGGUCACCAGUCGUUCAUGGCUCCCUCCUGCAGUGUUCUGCACUGUCCAGCUGCUUGUACCUGUAGCAACAAUAUCGUAGACUGUCGUGGGAAAGGACUCACUGAGAUCCCCACGAAUCUUCCAGAGACCAUCACAGAAAUACGUUUGGAACAGAACUCAAUCAAGGUCAUCCCUCCUGGAGCUUUCUCACCAUAUAAAAAGCUUCGAAGAAUUGACCUGAGCAAUAAUCAGAUCUCUGAACUAGCACCAGAUGCUUUCCAAGGACUGCGCUCUCUGAAUUCACUAGUCCUCUAUGGAAAUAAAAUCACGGAACUCCCAAAAAGUUUAUUUGAAGGACUGUUUUCCUUACAGCUACUAUUAUUGAAUGCCAACAAGAUAAACUGCCUUCGGGUAGAUGCUUUUCAGGAUCUGCACAACUUGAACCUUCUCUCCUUGUAUGACAACAAGCUUCAGACCAUCGCCAAGGGGACCUUCUCACCUCUCCGGGCCGUCCAAACCAUGCAUUUGGCCCAGAACCCCUUUAUUUGUGACUGUCAUCUCAAGUGGCUCGCGGAUUAUCUCCAUAUCAACCCCAUCGAGACCAGUGGUGCCCGCUGCACCAGCCCUCGGCGUCUGGCAAACAAAAGAAUAGGACAGAUCAAAAGCAAGAAAUUCCGUUGUUCAGCUAAAGAACAGUAUUUCAUUCCAGGUACAGAAGAUUAUCGAUCAAAAUUAAGUGGAGACUGCUUUGCAGAUUUGGCUUGCCCUGAAAAGUGCCGCUGUGAAGGGACCACUGUAGACUGUUCCAAUCAGAAGCUCACCAAAAUCCCAGACCACAUUCCCCAGUACACCGCAGAGCUGCGUCUCAAUAAUAAUGAAUUCACAGUGCUGGAAGCUACAGGAAUCUUCAAGAAACUUCCACAGUUACGUAAAAUAAACUUUAGCAACAAUAAGAUCACAGACAUUGAAGAGGGAGCAUUUGAAGGAGCAUCGGGUGUAAAUGAAAUACUUCUUACAAGUAAUCGUUUGGAAAAUGUUCAGCAUAAGAUGUUCAAGGGAUUAGAAAGCCUGAAAACAUUGAUGUUGAGAAGUAAUCGCAUAAGCUGUGUUGGCAAUGACAGUUUCAUAGGACUGAGUUCUGUGCGUUUGCUUUCUUUGUAUGAUAAUCAAAUCACUACCAUUGCACCAGGGGCAUUUGAUACUCUGCAUUCUUUAUCUACUCUAAACCUGUUGGCCAAUCCUUUUAACUGUAACUGCUACCUGGCGUGGCUGGGGGAAUGGCUCAGAAAGAAAAGAAUUGUAACCGGAAAUCCUCGAUGUCAAAAACCAUAUUUCCUCAAAGAAAUCCCCAUCCAGGAUGUUGCCAUUCAAGACUUCACGUGUGAUGAUGGAAAUGAUGACAACAGCUGUUCCCCACUGUCUCGCUGCCCCACGGAAUGUACAUGUUUGGAUACGGUCGUCAGGUGUAGCAACAAGGCCUUGAAGGUCUUGCCCAAAGGUAUUCCAAGAGACGUCACUGAAUUGUAUCUGGAUGGGAACCAAUUUACACUGGUUCCAAAGGAACUUUUUAACUACAAACACUUAACACUUAUAGACUUAAGUAACAACCGAAUCAGCACACUUUCUAAUCAGAGCUUCAGCAACAUGACCCAGCUCCUCACCCUAAUUCUUAGUUACAACCGCUUGAGAUGUAUUCCUCCUCGAACCUUCGAUGGAUUGAAGUCUCUCCGAUUACUUUCAUUACAUGGAAAUGACAUUUCUGUUGUGCCCGAAGGUGCUUUUAAUGAUCUUUCUGCAUUAUCACACCUAGCAAUUGGAGCCAACCCUCUUUACUGUGAUUGUAACAUGCAGUGGUUAUCGGACUGGGUAAAGUCGGAAUACAAAGAGCCUGGUAUUGCUCGCUGUGCUGGCCCUGGAGAAAUGGCAGACAAAUUAUUACUCACAACUCCCUCCAAAAAAUUUACAUGUCAAGGUCCCGUGGAGGUCAGUAUUCUAGCUAAAUGUAAUCCCUGCUUAUCGAAUCCAUGCAAAAAUGACGGCACCUGUAACAAUGACCCAGUUGACUUCUAUCGCUGCACCUGUCCAUAUGGUUUCAAGGGCCAAGACUGUGAUGUCCCGAUUCAUGCAUGCAUCAGUAACCCGUGUAAACAUGGAGGAACUUGCCACUUAAAGGAAGGAGAAAAAGAUGGAUUCUGGUGUAUUUGUGCUGAUGGAUUUGAAGGAGAAAAUUGUGAAGUCAAUGUUGAUGACUGUGAAGAUAACGAUUGUGAAAAUAAUUCUACCUGUGUCGAUGGAAUUAAUAACUAUACAUGCCUUUGCCCACCCGAGUACACAGGCGAGCUGUGCGAGGAGAAGCUGGACUUCUGUGCCCAGGACCUGAACCCUUGCCAGCACGACUCCAAGUGCAUCCUGAUGCCAAAGGGAUUCAAAUGUGACUGCACACCAGGAUACAUAGGCGAGCACUGCGACAUUGACUUUGACGACUGCCAAGAUAACAAGUGCAAAAACGGAGCCCACUGCACAGACGCUGUGAACGGCUAUACGUGCAUCUGCCCUGAAGGCUACAGUGGCUUGUUCUGCGAAUUUUCUCCGCCCAUGGUCCUCCCUCGUACCAGUCCCUGUGAUAAUUUUGAUUGUCAGAACGGUGCCCAGUGCAUCAUCAGGAUAAAUGAGCCAAUAUGCCAGUGUUUGCCAGGCUACCAGGGAGAGAAGUGUGAAAAGUUGGUUAGUGUGAAUUUUGUAAACAAAGAGUCUUAUCUUCAAAUUCCUUCAGCCAAGGUCCGUCCUCAAACGAACAUCACUCUUCAGAUCGCCACCGACGAAGACAGUGGAAUCCUCCUGUAUAAAGGCGACAAGGACCACAUCGCCGUGGAGCUGUAUCGGGGACGGGUCCGCGCCAGCUACGACACCGGCUCCCACCCGGCUUCUGCCAUUUACAGCGUGGAGACGAUCAACGAUGGAAAUUUCCACAUCGUUGAACUGCUUGCCCUGGACCAGAGUCUCUCGCUCUCCGUGGAUGGAGGGAGCCCCAAAAUCAUCACCAACCUGUCAAAGCAGUCUACUCUGAAUUUUGACUCUCCACUCUAUGUAGGAGGCAUGCCCGGGAAGAACAACGUGGCUGCGGCCCUGCGCCAGGCCCCUGGCCAGAACGGCACCAGCUUCCACGGCUGCAUCCGGAACCUCUACAUCAACAGCGAGCUGCAGGACUUCCGCAAGGUGCCCAUGCAAACCGGCAUCCUGCCUGGCUGUGAGCCGUGCCACAAGAAGGUGUGUGCCCACGGCACGUGCCAGCCCAGCAGCCAGUCGGGCUUCACCUGUGAGUGUGAGGAGGGAUGGACCGGGCCCCUCUGUGACCAGAGGACCAAUGACCCCUGUCUUGGAAAUAAGUGUGUGCACGGCACCUGCCUGCCCAUCAACGCGUUCUCCUACAGCUGUAAGUGUCUGGAGGGCCAUGGGGGCGUCCUCUGCGAUGAAGAGGAGGACCUGUUUAACCCCUGCCAGGCGAUCAAGUGCAAGCAUGGGAAAUGCAGGCUCUCGGGACUUGGGCAGGGAAGUGUGGACCCAACCCCUGUCCGCAGAAUAUACUCGCACGCCCUGGUGAGAGUCCCCGGAAACGCAGCCUACGUGACUCCUGCCUCCAGCAGACACUGUGCAGGGAGACUGCGGUGCAGCGAUGAGAUGGCCCUUCGAGGUCCAGAAAGUGGCCGCCUUCCCCCUCAGGGAAAUCAGGGAGGAGAUAGGUGGAUUUCUAAAUGA